CCGGCUGACUCCAGGCAGCCUGCAGGGAUGGAGAUGCUCACUCCACACUGUAGAUGUCUCCAGAAACACAGGAUUUCACUGCUGCCCCGUUGCUGAACCACAGAAGAAAGAAACCAGGAAAUGUUGCAGGAGGAGCAGCUGCAGCAACAGGCUGGAUUCCUUCGGUUUGGCAGAGAAGCAGCUGGAUAAGCAGGAUGGAGAAGGUGAUCAGCUGCUUCAGGAGGAAGCCAGAAGCCGUGACCAGGCUCAUCUGCUUCCCCUGGGCAGGUGGAGGCUCCAUCCACUACGCCCGCUGGGGAAACAUCCUGAACAGCUCCAUAGAAGUGUUUGCGGUGAAACUCCCGGGCAGAGAGAGUCGAGCCAGAGAACCGUUCUUCGAGAACAUGCAGCAGGUCGUGGAUGAGGUCAUCUCUGCUCUGCUGCCGCUGCUGACAGAGAAACCGUUCGCUUUGUUUGGCCACAGUUUUGGAGCUCUCACAAGCUUUGCUGUUGCAGAUGAUCUGAAGAGACGACACGGCCUGGAACCGGUUCACAUGUUUCUGUCUGGAGCUUCAGCUCCACACUCCGAGAUUCGCAUUAACGCUCCAAAAAGAAGCGAGUUAUCGGACGAACAGUUCCUCCGGUGGUUAACGUCGGUGGGAGGAACUCCUCCGGAGCUGCUGGCAAACCCUGAAGUCCUGCAGCUCUUCCUGCCGGCCCUGAAGGCCGACCUGCAGCUGGUGGAGAACUACAGGUGUACCAAACCAGACGGUCCGUUUCUCACCUGUCCCGUUACAUGCUUCGAUGGAAAGGAGGACGUUCCUCACGACUUGCAGGCUUGGAAGGACAUCACAUCAGGAGGGUUCACCGUCAGGAUGUUUGACGGCUCCCACUUCUACCUGAAGGACGCUGGGAAUGAGAAGAUCCUGUUGGACUACGUCACAAAGACCCUGGAGACGGAGGAAAUGGAUUAUUUAUGAUCAAAGGGACUCUGUUAUUUAGCCAGAGAGAAAUGUUUGUGGGAAGAUAUAAUAUCUAAAUGUGAGUUUAUGAGUCCCAGAUAUUUUCUUUUAUCUGCUCUGUCCCCCAAAGAUCAAAUGUGUU